AUGGGUAAGAAAAAGGUGCUCGUCGGGUACGGAGUAGACAUUGAUGCUGUAGCCGGUUGGCUUGGCUCCUACGGGGGCGAGGAUAGCACUAGCGACAUCAGCAGAGGACUCUGGGCUGGUACGAUUGGAACCCGUCGUCUGCUCAAACUAUUCGACAAGUAUAAAAUCAAGGCGUCAUGGUUCAUACCAGGUCAUUCGCUUGAGACAUUCCCGGAAGAAUGCGCCAUGGUGAGAGACGCCGGCCACGAGAUCGGUCUCCACGGAUACUCUCAUGAGAAUCCGGUCGACAUGACACUUGAGCAACAGCGAGAUGUUCUCGACAAGACGUAUAGACUUCUUACCGAGUUCUGCGGUAAGCCGCCGAGAGGUAGCGUUGCGCCUUGGUGGGAGACGAGCAAAGAAGGGACAGAGCUGAUGUUGUCUUAUGGUAUUGAGUACGAUCAUUCUAUGUCCCAUGAGGACUGUCAGAUGUAUUGGUUGCGCACUGGAGACUCAUGGACCAAGUAUGUCAUAACCAUUCCCUUAAUUUACACCGAAGAGUGGAUGAAGCCCCUCAUUAAGGGGCAACCCACAGGCAUGGUGGAAAUCCCAGGCUCAUGGUAUAUCGACGAUCUUCCUCCUAUGAUGUUCAUGAAAAACUCGGCCAAUUCGCACGGCUGGGUUAAUCCGAGGGAUAUUGAAGACAUAUGGCGUGACCAUUUUGAUUAUUUUUAUCGCGAGUACGACGAGUUCAUCUUCCCGAUGACGAUUCACCCCGACGUAUCGGGCCGGCCGCACGUCCUCUUGAUGCACGAAAGGUUGAUCGAGCACAUCAACAAGCACGAGGGGGUAGAAUGGAUGACGUUUGCCGAAAUGUGCGACUACUUCAAGAGUAAGAAUAAACCACCCGAGGGAGCUAUGAUGCCCGCUCCUCCGGGGGAGAUCCUUAAGAAUUCGGAUGAGUAA